AAAUAUCAGAAUUGGACUAAUAACAGAUUUAUUUUUAAAUAAAAUAUGCAGAUGGACUCAAGUCUCCAUGAGAUCUUAAAUAAUGAGAAACAAGUGAUCCAGCAAGAGUCUGAAGUCAUCCACAAGGCUCAUCACAGAUUUCCUUUCUUAUGGGGAAGGAUUGAAGAAGAAGAUUAUAAAGAGGAGAAUGUGAUAAUGAAAAGAUGGCUUAGGCUUAGGUUCUCUGGUAAUUACGGGAUUGGUCUUUUUGUAGUCAUCCAAAACCAUUAUCAACUCAACUCUCUCAAGAUCCUGCGGAACUCCCAUUCUGACAAAAACAGAACUCUCAGAAUUGAGUCCUAUGACCCCUCAAAGUCUACACUCAAGAGACAACACAUGAAUGAAGUGAUCAGAAUCCUACCCACAGUUACUCAGAGGAUGAUUCUGAAAAGCUUACAGCUGUCACAGAAGCAAACAGUGAAUAUCUUUCUCAACCUGACUACUGCCAAAAAGGCUGUCUUUGAAAAGUGCUGGAUUGAGUCUAUUACUAUGAAGCAUAAACUGGCGAAAAAGUACUACCUUGAAUCAUUGUGAUUUCAGGAAUGAAAAGAUAUGAACGGAAAAGAUAUAGCUUACCAAGAGAAAAAGCAAAUAGAAGUAAGUACGCUUUCUAAAGUAAUGGAUAAAUUCAAAAGAAGAAGCCCCUCUCAAUUAGAAUCAAUCCUUAAGAUGAUAAGAGAUUCUUCUCUCAGUAAUUCUCUUUUGGUGAUAGCAUUGAAAUGAGAAAGUUCACAAGAAGAGAUUGAAUUCAUAAGGAAAAAAUACAAGUUAGAAAACAUAUUAUUUCAAUGAGACUUUAAGGUAAGAAGUGCAAGAAUGUUAUACAAAAGAGUGUGAAUACCAGACCCCGAUAAAGAGGUAGACGAAUCUAUAACAAAGAAAAAGUGAAUUUGAUUCUAAUGCCAAUAAUAAAAUAACUUUUCAUCAGAAAAUAUUCAAUCCCUC